AGUUGGUCCGCCCAAUAGAUUUUCCUGGGUAAGGGUUUGGCCCAUUAGAUGACGUCAUCAUUUACUGUCUUCUUCCCCUACGGAAUAAACGGAAGGCAGAAUUCGAACAUCCACCGAUAAUCCAAGAAUCGGCGGUGAGAGGGUCAGAGAAAGAGACCGGAAGUUCGAUCGGUCUAUCAACUGCACAGUCAUUUUCUGCCACGCGAUCGGAGAAGGAACUGUGGUUUUGACCGCGAGAAAGGAAUGGGAGACAAUCUGUUUGAAGGGCUUCCCCCUCCUUCUCAUCAGCUCCAUAAAGACAAUCAUCCGCCGCCUCCGCUAGCGAAGAGCAAUACAGAGCUGGUGCUGGUUCCGCCCCCUCCAAAAUCGGCCUUGAAGAGCGCCCUUAAACGGUCAAAGCCUGUGGAGUCUACCCAAGAACCCGAAGGAUCGGGUGUUGAAAAGGAUUUGGCGGCGCCAGAGAAGAAGAAGCUGCGGUUCAAAACCACUACGGAUGCCUCUGCAGAGCAAGUUAUAGAGGCCAUGCAGAAAAUAGCAUCACAUAUCAAGAACCCAACCAAGUUCUCAAAGGCUUCAAAGCUUGCUAUACAGCUAAUUCAUGCUGGUAGUGUAACUCCCAGCACCAGUGACCAAUUCUUUGCCAUUCUGGAGGUUGCAAUGUCGUCAACCAUGUCUUGUACAGAUCCUUCUGUGCGUGCAGAUUAUCAUGCAUUGUUCUCUGCAGCACAUGAUGCCUCUGAAUGCCUGAACAGGAAACAGAAGCAUCAAUUAGAGACAUGGUCGAUUAUGGCAGUGGUGGCGAAUGACUUGUUCACUGAUGACAGCUUUGUGUUUUCUAAGACUGCCGGUCAAUUAAAGGAGACAAUAAGCAAGCUACCAAUUGUAACUGAGGAUGAUGAUGCAGAGGAAGCUGCAAUACUGCUAGAUCAAAUUGGGACAGCAACUGAUGGAAAUGAAGAAACCCGGCGAGAUACAUCUGGUGCUGUAGCAGUGGAAGAAGCUAAGGACAAUGAGGCCGAUCCAUUUGGGCUUGAUGCACUGAUUCCAAGCACUGUGAAGAAAGAUGAGAGGGCAAAGGCAAAGGAUGCAAAAAAGGAAGAAGAUUUUGAAUUAAAGAGACAUCUCAGGUCUCAAAGAGAAGCCGUAAUCACCUGCUUAGAUAUUGCUGCUCGGCGUUACAAAACACCUUGGUGCCAGACAGUGAUAGAUAUAUUAGUGCAGCACGCUCAUGAUAACGUUCAGAGGUUUACAUCUAAACAAAGAGAUGCCAUAGAGAAGCUAUGGGCCUCUGUUAGGGAACAACACGUACGUAGGAAGCAAGGCAAGUCGGUGAAUGGGAAACUUGACGUCACAGCUUUCGAAUGGCUCCAGGAAAAGUAUUCCACGGAGACGAUCAGUAUUCGGCGUGCUGUUGGUAGCAGUGGAGAACGUCGUGCUCAGCAGUGGCUUGGAUGAGACCACUUUCUUUUGACAUUGUUGUUGUAAUAUUACUGAUUGUUAUUGUUCCAUUAAUAGUCUCUGUCAAGAGAGCACAUGAGAAAUGUUCGACGACGUUGGAUUGAGUGUGUGUGGAGAUAACUGCAUAUAACCGUUUUGCUUCUGACUUGUGUUGCUUCAUUUGGUUCCCCUUCCUCGGUAGUCUGCUGUCUCAGGGGGAAAAAUGGGAUAUGGCAGUUCUUGGCAUUCUGGUACGCCCAAGAAUUGUGCAGAUAAGUCAUUUUGGGGCUCAACAGUCAGACAAACUGCUGAGGGGGCGAGAGACAUGAGCAACGAUCAUGCGGCGGAGCUAUGUUGGCGUCUGAAACUAUUGGCGGCAAUUCGCCAAGAAGCUUAUUCCAAUUAGAUGCUCCGGCAGGGCAUAGCAAUUCCAAUGUUCAGUACUCAGCAAAGUUUAUACCUCAGGACAAUUGCAUGAGCGAGUUCUUCAUAAGAAAUUCGGCACAGGACACAUGAGC